UCAUUGAUUUAUUUUGAUUUUCAGAAUGGAACUGUUAAUAAUGGUUUUGUACUAGAAAGUUUUUCGCCCAAAAUUGUAAAUGGUCAACAUUUCCAUACUAAUGGAGAAACAAAUCAUACCGAAGAACCGAAAGGUGAAGAAAAAAUAGAGGAGAAAGAUGAUCCAUGGGCACUACCAGAACUAGAUGAUAAAAACAACGUUAAAUGGAAAGAUCUGAAUACUAGCGGGAGAUUGAAGAGAGUAGCUACAGUUAUAAUCAGGAUCAUAUUACUGAUUGGUUUAUUAUAUCUGUUCAUAUGCUCCUUGGAUUUUCUGAGUUCAGCUUUUACGUUAUUAGGAGGUAAAGCAGCUGGUCAAGCAUUAGGAAAUAGUGUUUUAUUACAAAAUCCUGUUGCUGGUCUGAUGAUAGGUGUACUUGUUACGGUACUGGUUCAAAGUUCAUCUACUUCAACAUCGAUCGUCGUUUCCAUGGUUUCUUCUGGAAUUCUUACAGUACGAUUUGCCAUACCAAUAAUAAUGGGAGCAAAUAUAGGAACAACCGUAACCAACUCCAUUGUAUCUUUAGGACAGGUGGGGGAUAGAAGUCAAUUCAGACGAGCUUUUGCUGCUGCCACACUUCAUGAUUUCUUUAAUUGGCUUUGUGUGUUGGUAUUAUUACCUAUAGAAGUUGCUAGUGGCUACUUGUAUCAUUUAACAUCAGUUCUCGUGGCUGAUAUCAACAGUGACCCAAAUGCUGAAAAUCCAGAAUUCUUGAAAGCCAUAACAUCACCCUUUACCAAAACAAUUAUAGAGCUUGAUAAAGACAUUAUAAAGGCUAUAGCCAAUGGUGAUUCGCUAACAGAUGAAGAUACAAUAUUAAAAUCCUGCUGCAAGAAAGAAACUGAUAUAUCUUAUGAGUUACUCAACACAACAUUGUCAGAUUGCAGUGACAUGUCUAAAGGAGAUGUCAUAUUUUGUGAUACUUCAAGUGGGUUUGCAACUGUCAACUCCACAGUCAGAAACUCCACCUGUUUUUCUUUAUGUGAUCACCUGUUUGCUAGUUCCGGUUUAUCAGACUCAGAAUCUGGAAUCAUCAUGUUAAUCGUUGCUUUGUUAACACUGUGCAUUUGUCUGGUAUUAAUUGUCAAACUUCUCCACAGUCUCAUCAGUGGACAGAUCGCUACUGUUAUUAAGAAAAUAAUGAAUGCAAAGUUUCCUGGGCACUGUGCUUUCUUAACAGGAUAUGUAGCUAUUUUCGUUGGCGCUGGUCUGACCAUAUUGGUGCAGAGCAGUUCUAUAUUUACGUCAACUAUGACACCUUUAGUUGGAGUUGGUGUAGUAAGCAUUGAAAAUCUGUUUCCAUUGACCCUCGGUGCUAAUAUUGGUACAACUGGAACAAGUGUUUUAGCAGCUCUAGCAUCCCCUGGUUCGGGUUUUAAGAAUGCUUUACAGAUAUCUUUUUGUCAUCUGUUCUUUAAUCUAACAGGAAUAUUUGUAUGGUAUGGCAUUCCGCCAAUGAGAAAGGUACCAAUAGGGGCUGCUAAAUGGAUGGGUGAAACUACUGAAAAGUAUCGUUGGUUUGCUUUCGUUCACAUAUUUACGGCUUUUCUUAUCUUCCCUAGUUUUAUUUUCGCUUUGUCACUUGGUGGGUGGGAAGUAUUAGUAGGUGUCGGUAGUCCAAUUGUCCUUGUAGUCAUAUUUGUUGUAAUUGUCAAGAUAUUACAAGCCAAGAAACCUGGUGUUUUACCUAAGGUUCUCCAAAAUUGGCAUUUUCUACCCGAAUUUAUGCGAUCUUUAGAGCCACUUGAUCGCAUUGUUAUCAAACUGAAGAACAAAUGUUCCAAAGGGAAAAGGAACCAAAAUGAAGUGAAAACCAAUGACAAGAUGAGGAUAUAGAGAUUAAAAUUUCGACGUAAAUAUUAUUUGGUAAAAACAAGUUUAAAGCACUAAUGGUAAAAGAUGUAAUGCAGAUAACUACGGAAGCAUUGGGGCCAUGAGAGGACGGCCCCUCGGUCGCUUUUAGCGCACCUCGUCGUUCUGGAGUUAACUCCUUUUUCCGAAAACCUUGUUAACGCAAUAGAGGCUACAGUUUUUAACUGAUUUUGUUUUUCAAAUGUGGUGUGAUGCACUAGGACCUUUCGAUUUUCAGUACUCCGUCUUUGUCCGUAUUUUAUUUCAAAUAUGUGACGAUGAGAGGUAUUCUGUGACCUUCUGUUCCUUAAUACCCCCGCCCCCCCCCCCCCCUUAAAGCCUUGUUAACGUCAUAGAGGCUUCACUUUUAUGCAUUGGCCAACAAACCAUGGACUAUUUACUUAUUUAUGUGUGACAUUUAAUUAAAAUUGACACACAAAUUGUGAUAUUAGAAUUUAACUCACAGCAUUGUAGAGUGGGAUAUAGUUUUUUAUUUUAUGAUCAGUAGUGGAAUACCGCGUUUUAUCAGUGAAAUAAAAGUGUUAUUCCACUGGCUAGCAGUAGUCCAUGUUGUUUUUACCUAAAAUGAUUGUAAAAUCAUAAAAUAAAUAGAACAUUUGUCGUUUUGUCGUGAAUAACAUAUUGUAUUUCAUCUCUAAAGCCAGGCUGACACUUGCACGACUUUUGGCCACGAUUUUGUCGUGGCAAGUCGUGAAAUUUUGGGGCACGAAUUGGGAGGCUCCCGCACUGUUCACGACUAGUUCACGCAUAGUUCACGAAUGCGUGCCUAUCAGUGUCCACAUUGACACGAACUGGCACGACGGGUUCACGCAUAGUUUGCGCAUUGUUUACGCACUUCCCGCAUUGGCACGACGAGUUUGCGCAAGAGAUGGUUGAGAAGUUAACCCCUCGCCUCCAGGGGCAGUCCACCUUCAUGAGGGAACCUCUUCAAGUUGGACUCAAGCUAGCUGUCACCCUCCGCUUCCUAGCCACUGGAAAUUCCUAUCCAAGUCUGCAGUACAGCUUCAGGGUUGAAGCAAGUACCAUCUGCAAGUUCAUACCCGAGGUGUGUAAAGCCAUCAUCGCGGUCCACAAGGACGAAGUGCUGCGCUGCCCCAAAACUGAAGAGGGGUGGAAGGAAGUUACUGCUAAGUUCAGCUCCAGAUGGAACUACCACAACUGUCUGGGGGCUGUUGACGGCAAGCACAUCGCCAUGAAGAAGCCACCCAAUGCUGGCUCUUAACACAACUACAAGGGCUUCCACAGCAUUGUUCUGAUGGCAGUGGCAGAUGCUACCUACAAGUUCCUCUAUGUGGAUGUUGGGGCAGAGGGUGGUGAGGAACAUGGAGUAACUGUUCCCUGCAUGAUGCUGUAGAAGAGAACGGAGCUGGAGUGCCUCAACCAGAACCACUCCCUAAUGAUGACCAGCCAGUGCCCUAUCACUUCGUAGGGGAUGACGCCUUUGCUCUCCGAACCUGGAUGAUGAAACCAUUCUCCCAUCGGUCACAGGUCCUACGAGAACGCAUUUACAGCUACAGGUUGUCUCGUGCCCGACCUGCACCGACGCGAACGCCACUGUCGCGCAGUAGUCGUGAACUAUUCGUGAACUAUUCGUGGCAUGGCGCGCACUGCCACGCACUGGCACGCAUCCUCCCGACGAGUUCACUAACAGUUUGCGCAUAGUUCACGAUCCGGUCGCUAAAUUUUGUCGUGACCAAAAUUUUGAACAUUUCAAAAUUCUCUAUAAAUUAAUACGAAUUCUGUGAUAUGGACAACAUGAUGCUGAAUAAUAAACCAAUGAUUGAUAUCAGGAAUGUUAAUAAAAUAUUGUUUUUAGUUUU